AUGUACUGCACGGCGUGCCCCGCUCACUUUGACAUUGCGCUUUUCAUCGUCACAAAGACAUUUAGAGUUGCUGUGGAGGGAAACAUUGGUUGUGGAAAGUCCACAUUCCUCAAUUAUUUCAAGGAGCUCUCACCCAAUAUCCAAGUUUCGCCUGAAAUCAUUGAGCUGUGGAAUGACGUGAAAGGAUUCAAAUUAUUCGAGGCAUAUUAUGCGAAUCCAGAGAGGUGGAGUGCGCCUCUUCAAAGCCAAGUCAUGGUUACAGCAUUCAAACGACAGGCUGAAACACAAACCGCUCCUGUGCGAUUAUUUGAGCGCUCCAUCAACUGUGGCAGACGUUGCUUCAUUGAGGCGAUGAUUAGGAAUCAUCAAUUAUCCAAUGAGGACGUGGAGAUAUUUGAUGAAUUCUAUGAGUGGAGCAGGAGUUUGCCCAUCUUUCAGCUCGAUCUCAUCGUCUAUCUGCGAUGCUCUCCUGAGAUCUGUGCCGAACGAAUACGAAAGCGUGAUCGCAGAGGCGAAAGCGCCAUCACAAUGGCCCUCAAAGUGCUCAUGGAUGCUGACUAA